AUGAACUUGAACUUUGUUGAACCCGUGUCCCGCCUGGGGGACUCGGAGUCACGGCCCAGUCUAUGCCUCUAUAUCUAUAUUACCUCUGGUUUAAGUUUAGUCGAGGGCUGGUUCUCGGUCCACUAUAUAGUGACCGGAGGAAGUUGGAUAGAGGAAACGGCGCUACUAGAUUCGGCGCUUGAGGCCGUUUAUCAUCGCAGUUAUGCUAGAUAUUCAACGUCAAAGUGCCUUCCCAUGACUCAGAAUUGUGGGAAUCAACGCAUAUAUUCCAAGCAUAAAGUUUGUGUGCUCAUUCCGCAAUCGCGCUGAUGUACAUUUGCUACGCAAAAAUAGAAAAAUCGGCUUCAAAAGGGACCUAUAUUUAGAGAAAUUAAG